UUAUUUUACCUGCAUAAUCCAUUAGCUACAGUUACUACUUACAGGAAGUUAAUGUUUCUGUUUAUGUUUUGGCAGCAACAGUAUGAUCCAAUCAGUGAUCCACUGGGCAUACAGAAUCCUUCCAACGGGAAUAAUGCCACUGCUAAUAGUAGUCAAAGCAUUGUCAGCACAGCCAACAGUAGUACAACUAGCAGCACCAAUGUCACCACUCCUCUUACACCACCUACCAUGCCGGUUGUUUCUGGGGUCAAGCGUCGUGCGUCUGAAGAAGCAUCCGGGGUCCCUGUAGUUAAAAAGUUUCUCUUAGCGGGUCCUUGGGAUUUAGAGAUCCCUACCAAUGUGAUUAUGUUUGAGCGUCCACCUAUCACUUUACCCCAACCAUAUCCAAGUGUAGAGGUACUUCGAGGGCAACUAGUGUCCAAACUACGUUUGGGAUACCAGGAGAUGUGUCAGGCUCGGCAAGGUAUGUUCUGUUAAAUGAGUUUUAGUAGU